AUGAGUAGGCCUAUAGAUCCACUAGACCCUGAUAUAGACUAUCAAAGAGAAGCCCCUAGGGCCAGACCUCCUCCUAGACAGCGCCCAACAUCUGAUAUCCAGCAGCCUUUUCACCAACAUCCCGACCUACAGCUAUUCCAACAUCCUUCAGAACAGCAAACAUCCAAUGCCAACAUUGCAUCAACAUCGCCUACUCAACCAGACCAACCCACUCAACCACAAAACGGCCUAGCCCAGAACGUACAUCCAUCUGCAAUGAAACGCAUCCCAUACUGUAACUGGGCUAUCAUCCUUACUUCCGCAAACCAAGAAUAUUACUUGAAUCUCAAUUCUCAGGAAGCUGUUUGGGAUAUCCCAGAGGAGAUUGCUGAUAUUAUUGAGAACUUGAUGGUGGCUGCUCAGGGUGGAAUGGAUGAUGAUGAUGAUGAUGGUGGGAUGGGAGAUGUCGAGAUGGCGGAUCAGAUGGACGAGACUAGUAGGAAACGAGAGAGGGAGGAAGAGGAAGACGCUGCGUCUGUAGCCAAGAAGCCGAGAGAGCUGACGCGAGAGGAGAAGGAAUUACUCAAAGAGAAGGAGGUCAAUCCAUUUUCAAUGUGGGAUACGGAACUUCCAAAAAUCAUUAAUGACAUUCGAUAUACAUAUAUCGCAACGCUAAAGGAGCGUAGAGAGAUCUUUGAUCUAUAUUGCAAAUCUCGAUCUGAAGAGAUUGCUGCUCAACGGAAAUCACAAAUUAGGGACAAGAAGGACGCAUUCAUCAAAUUAUUAGAAGAUGAAACCACUAUCAAGACUAACUGGGACGAUUUUCAACGUAAAUUCAAACGUGACUCGAGAUUCAUGGCUAUGGAGCCUAAAGAACGUGAAGCCAUUUUUAAAGAUCAUAUGAGGAACUUCAAGGAACGUGAAUUAGAACGGAAACGAGCACAAACCAAAGCAAACCGAGACGCCCUCCUCGAACUCCUCAAAUCAACACGCGGUAUUGAUCCUGACUCGUCAUGGAGACGCGUACAGAGAGAUAUCGAACAUGAUGCCCGAUACAAGGCAAUCUCGUCUGCUACAGAACGUGAAGAUGUGUUUAGACAGUAUGUCAGCACAUUGAAAUCUGAAAGGGAUGCUAAAAUCAAAGAUCAGGAGAAGGCGGAUCGAGUCAAGGCUGCUGUCAAGGAACGAGAAGAGGCUGUUGGACGAGAACGGGAAAUGAGGAGUAGAGAGAUUGAGAGGGCGCGUGGUGGGUUGAGACUUGAAGAGUCAGUUAAUGUGUUUAGGACUCUGCUGGUUGAUGCUGUUCGAUCUCAUAAUGUUCGCUACCAAACCAUGCUGGAAACACUUAAAAAGGAUGCACGAUGGUCUCAAGCUCAACUGAGCGACCACGACCGUCAAACCCUCUUUGACGAACACGUCGAUGAAUUAUACGCUAAACGUCUCGCAGGCUUCCAUACUUUAUUGGAUGGCAUAUGUGACCUCAAAUCAACCUUCGCCGACAUCUACCCGCAAAUUGAAGACGAUCCAAGAGUUGGUCGUUUGGAAGUCGAUGAGGCUGAAAUGGAGAGAUUGUUUAGUCAGUAUAUUGUUGAAAGGAGGAGACGUGCUGAAGAUGAUUUGAGAGAGGCGUUGAGGGAGAAUAACUUUAUCAAGUUUCAUGUCAAAACAGCAGUAUCGAAUAGUGAAAUCAAGGCUGUUGAAAACAAGCAGCAGUCUACUGAAGCUGAUGCUUGGGCUCUUGUCUCGUUGGAAGAAAUCAAGCAAGUUCUCAAGGAGGACAAGCGAUUCCUAUUCAUGUCAUCAGCAGCAACUACCCGUGAUGACAUUGUCAAGAACUACUUGCAGCACUUGAUUCGAGAGAGUAUGGCUGAAAAGGGCGGUACUCGAGACUUGACAAUUAGUAAAUUCGGUGGUGGAAUGCCACAACACGAUGGACACAAGAGCGAGUCUCAGCGAUGGAGAAGUGCUGAGGGUAGUCGGCGACCGAAUGUGUCUGGGUCUGAGAGGAAGAAGGGGAUCAUGGAUUGA